AUGGGAGUAUACACGUUCGUGUGCAGGAAUGGCAGCGGAGAGUGGACCGCGAAGCAACACGAGGGAGACCUUGAGGCCUCUGCUUCUUCUACCUACGACCUCCAGCGCAAGCUCGUCCAGGCUGCACUCUCCGCUGAUUCCUCCGGCGGCGUUCAGUCUUCAUUUUCUCUCGUCUCCCCUACCUCCGCCGUGUGCCAGGUAGAAGAAGCAUCUCUAUCUCAUCCCUUUGCUCCGAUUGGUUGA